UCGUCAAGCGGCUGGAAAUGAAACCCGGAAGCUGUUGCUAGCUCGUAAACGUAGGAGGAGCGUGUAAUGUGUACAGCGUGGCUGCAAGCGACUCUUGUUUUCUAUCAUACUGUCGAACCACUCACUCACUGCCACACCAGUUUUGACGCCCAGGCACUAUGAGCAGAGAGCUCAACGUGCCCACGGGCUCGCCGGCCCCGGGCAUGUCGGAGCGGGCCACGGAUGGCGGCGGCGGCGGCAUGGACUACAGGGACUGGGUGCGGCGCAGCUACCUGGAGCUGGUCAGCUCCAACCACCACUCGGUGCAGGCCCUCUCCUGGAGGAAGCUCUACCUGAGCAGGGCCAAGCUCAAGGCCUCCAGCAGGACGUCAGCGCUGCUCUCUGGCUUCGCAAUGGUGGCCAUGGUGGAGGUGCAGCUGGAGAUCCAGUACAGUUACCCGCGCGCGCUGCUGGUGGCGUUCAGCGUGUGCACCACGGUGCUGGUGGCCGUGCACCUGUUCGCGCUGCUCAUCAGCACGUGCAUCCUGCCCAACGUGGAGGCGGUCAGCAACAUCCACAACCUCAACUCGGUCAGCGAGUCGCCGCACGAACGCAUGCACCACUACAUCGAGCUGGCGUGGGGCUUCUCCACCGCGCUGGGCAUCCUGCUCUUCCUGGCCGAGGUGGUGCUGCUCUGCUGGAUCAAGUUCCUGCCUGUGGACUCGGGCGGGGCCGCCGCGGCCACCGCCUCGCCGGCGGCCGCUCGGGACAGCGGCUGGCGGGCGGCGCUGGCGUCCACCAUCAUCAUGGUGCCCGUGGGCGUCAUCUUCGUCGUGUUCACCGUCCACUUCUACCGCUCGCUGGUGCGCCACAAGACGGAGCGCCACCACCAGGAGAUCGAGGAGCUGCACAAGAUCAAGGUGGAGCUGGACGGCCAGGAGAGGGCGCUGCAGGUCGUGUGACCUCCUUUGCGGAUUUGGAAAGGGAAAAACAUCGGCCACCAGCUUCUGUCCCGGUCACUGCUAUUUAUUCCAAAACGUCAACUUACUGUACACUUCUGUGUUAAAGGCGUCCAUUUUGGGCUACGUGCAUCCAUAUUAUGUUUUUAAAAAAAUCCAUUUUGCCUUUUUUUUUUUUUUUUUUAUUAUAAUAUAAAGAGUCCAUUUUGUCCUUCACUUGUCCAGUUUGCGCUUUAGGCUAUUGAAAGCCGUUACAGCAUUAUUCGCUAUCCUUGAUAUCCUGCUUAGGCUCCUUGUUCUCACUAGUAAGACAAUUCAGCACUAGUAGGAUGACGAGGGUGUCUAACGAGUAAUGUUUUUUUUUGGUUUUUUUUUUUCACGAGCACAUGAACCUCAAAUGGCUGUUUGAGCAUUUAUUUAAUGUCUUUGAUAUUAUAUGCUGGUAAGCACUGUGUCCUCAUUCGGUAAACAAUUCUCAACUCAACUUUAUUUAUAGAGCAGUUUAAAAAUAUCAUUAUGUAAAAAACGUAAAAACUAUGAAACGUAUGGCAACUCAAAACAACAAAAUAAUAGCAAACAAUAAAACACUACAACAGUGCAGUUCUCAUGCUGAGUUGAAUAAAGCGCUAGUAGAACAACUGUGGCUUACGAGUAAUGUUUUGUUUUUCCACAACUGGGACCACUUUCAGCCUACGAGUUCAACCUUAAGAUGGAUAUCAAGAAUAUUGACCAAACGCUCAACCGACUUUGAUAUCGAAUAAAUGCUCAAAUGGCUUUCAAUAAAGGUUAUUCGAUUGCUUUGACAUCCAGCUUAAGGUCCAUGUACUAGUGCGCUCAUUGUCCUCAAUAGGAAGACCACUAGUAGAAUGACUGUGUCUUGCUCGGUUUUUCUACUACUAGUGCCGCAUUUGGCCUACUGUUACGACCUUUAGCUUGAUAUUGAUGGCUUCAAUGUCCUCGACAAUAAACGCUCGCGUGGCGUGUGCUGUACUAGUACACUCUUUGUCCUCAACAUUCAGCGCACUAGUAGAAGUCAAGCUUGAGAUUCAUUUGCAAGUUGGUUCUUUGCCCUCACUAGUAGUUCCCCCCCCCCCCCUACUAAUCCAUGACCUUCAGCUGGAUAGCAAAGGAAUGUUUCGAUAUCCAUUUUGUCUGUUCAUUGAGUCGGUGAAUGUUUUGACAAAAACGGGCUGUGAUGUUUGUUCUCGGUGCCAUGUUGUUGUUGUUACCACGGUUUCGCAUGACCUGCUGUAUAUCAGCUUUGUGAUUUUUAGCCCUUGUGUGGUGUUUUGACUUUGCUAUUUCAGCCAGUGUCUGUGGCUCUGCUGGAAAUCUGUUGACCAGUGUGACAAAUGGGUAUUUGACUAGCAGAAAGUGUCGGUGCUUGAAUUUGACAAUUUUGCCAAGGAGUCCGAUAUAAAUUCUUCUAUUAAGCGGCGGUUCCACAGACCCAAACACCAUACAAGGGUUAAUCCGAAAAACACCAGAAGUGGUUCAGAUCAAAUAGAUAUACAGUAAUAGAAAAAAAUAUAUAUUUUAAGUGGACGGUGAUGUGUUGCUCCUUUUGUUUUGUUGUACGUGCUCACAGGUCACAUCAUUAGAAACACGGCCUUCAUUGAUCUGAAAUGGUGGCUAGGCUUGGUUAGCUGCACAGUACCAGACUUUAAUUGUCGGAAUGAUUUUUUUUCUGUGAACAGUCAUGUAAACAUCGUUGCUGUCCAAGGGAAAUUAUCUGCACUUUUUUUAAUAUAAAAGUUUAUUUUAUUUUAUUUGUUUUUUAAAGCUCACUAAAUUAUCACUGUACUGUUUGUUUUUUUGUUUUUUAUAUUGGACAGCCACAAUAUUUUACAAAUUGCAUUUGUGUAUAAUAUGACAAAGAUCAUAUAUUGCCGCUGUCCAAUGAAAGGCAUGCAUCUCCAAGUUUUAGUAUUUGUUUUUCUCAUGGUUGGGAUGUAACAAAAACACAAAAUUGUUACGUCAUACUUUCUUUUUAUUGGAGAGCCUGAUAUAAAAUAAAGCAAUAUGUGGACAGGGACCGGGCCUGAGUGCAAAUAGCCAAAAUCUGCGAAUAAUUGAUGCCCAUCAUAAUUGCAUUGAAAAACAAAAUAGUGAAUAAGCGGGGAUAUAAUGACAAUGGGCGAUUUCGGGGUUGGUCCCCCCUCAAAAAGAAAACAAAUCUGUGGUUGCUGAACCGUCAAUAUGCAGGAGUCCACUGUUGAUAUUAGAUAACAAAGCUAGAUUAUCUUUCCAAUCGGAAAACUAUACAGUACGUCCUUAUUUUAGAAUGGUUUCUUUUUGUUGGGGAUGCUAGCAUUUGAUUGGAAAGCCAAUAAAUUACAAUAUGCACACUAUGUUAUAGAUCCCAAUAUAUUGUGGCUGUCCAAUGAGAAGCAUGCAUCGCCAAAUGGGGAUUUAUUUUUUAUUUUUAUGUUAUACAUAUCAAACAUUUUCCUUGGACAGCAAUGUUAUGAUUAUAUAUUGUAUAGCUAUUAUUAAUUCAAUGUCCAGUCUCAUUAACUAUAUUGUCCUAUUUAAUUGUGUAACUACUUUGGUGUCACAAGUUACCGUAAAGGUCAUUACUGAUACCUCGUGGUACUACUUGUUAAUUUUUUUUCCUUCGGGGUUUAUUUGUCCAAGCAGACCUCGCAAUUACUUGAGGCACGGUGUCUAUUUGUUACAUUUCCUCAUAAAGUGGCCUCCGCUCUAAGGGAUGCAGUGCCUCAAUUACUUGACAAUAUGGUUGCCUAGCGACCAAUGUCAAUCCGACGAGCUGGGCUGCAUCCAAUUAGGUUAUACUUGUGUUCUUAAUGAAGUGGCCCCUGAGUAUAUAAAAAUGUUACCGUCUCCUCCCCCCUCUUAUAUGCUAUUUGUGUGUAAAUGUUAUCAAAGCCAAAUCUGUCAUGUUAAUAUUUGUCAUCAAUGGAUGUGAUGUCUUCACUGCAUGGGUGAUGAUUUAACUGUUAAGAGUCUUAAUCCAAGUUUGGUCAGUUACACUGUUUUUACUUUUUUUUUUUUUUGUUUCCCCCCCCCCCCCCCCCUCCCCCCAUAGCCUUUAUUGACAAAUCUCACGAAGCCUUCUGUUAACUACAGAGAGGUCAAGUUGCUUUCGUAGCUAAGUCAAUGUCAACUCCCUUAGCUAGCUACAAAAUUGUUGUCUUGCUUAGCUAGUUACGGAGACGUCAAGUUCCUUUCGUAGCUAAGAUAAUGUCAACUCCCUUAGCACAGCUUUGCUUCAACGUCCAUCGGUUUCAUGGUCAAAGCUCGAUGGACAAUGACCCCAGCUGUUGUCAGGUGACUCACUAUCGCCCCCCCUUUCUGAGGUGCAAAAUGGUAUUACAAGUGAGCUCGCGACUUUUUUAGAUUCCAAAAUGCACCUUUGAACGCUGUCAAUGCGUUACUGUGCUCAACAUUUUCUACUUUACUCUAGCUCUAUUCCUAAGAAGGUUCGUCAUGUUUUUAUUUCAUAAAAGUGUCACCGAGACCUCCCUCCAAGCGUCUGAAUGUACCUUUUGCUCAUUAAAGCGUCUUUUUACUGA